AUUAGUGCACACUAUCAGACAUGAAUCAUCCUGGCUGCAUCUUCAUAAACAUGUCUGCAGUAUAAAAGAUGCACUUGGUUUUUUUUUACCAGCCUGAGGAACGGAUAUGAAGAGGUCUAACAUAAUCUGGAUGUUAUGUUCCUGGUUCACUUCAUGGACUUUAUCAUCAGCUGCUCCUGCUCGCUAUGCCUUUCCAAGAACCACAAACUGGAAGGACAUGUACACUGCAAAGAAAUAUCUCAAUAAAUAUUAUGGUGAUGAAAGAAGAACUCCCGUGGCUGAGAUGGUGACGGGUGACAUUCUGAUGUCAAGGAAAAUCAAGAAAAUGCAAGAAUUUUUUGGCUUACACGUGACAGGAAAAUUGGACUAUUCAACCCUGUCGGUAAUGAAGAAACCACGCUGUGGCAUGCCAGAUGUGGCCAAUUAUCAUCUCUUUCCUGGAGAACCCAAGUGGCAAAAGAAUACUCUAACUUACAGAGUCACAAAAUAUACUCCCACCAUGAGUAAAAUAGAAGUGGAUGGAGCCAUAGACAUGGGCCUGAAAGCCUGGAGUGAUGCUGCACCUUUAAACUUUGUCAAAAUAGAUCAAGGGGAAGCAGAUAUCAUGGUGUCCUUUGAAUCUGGAGAUCAUGGAGACUCGUAUCCAUUUGAUGGACCUCGGGGAACUUUGGCCCAUGCUUUUGCACCAGGUGAAGGUCUUGGAGGAGAUACCCAUUUUGACAAUGCUGAGCUGUGGACGUCAGGUGCAAAUGGAUUUAAUCUAUUCACAGUGGCUGCUCAUGAAUUUGGCCAUGCACUGGGGCUUGGCCAUUCCAGCGACUCAUCAGCUCUGAUGUAUCCUACAUACAAAUAUCAACACCCCGCUGGAUUUCGCCUGCCCAAAGACGAUGUGAAAGGGAUACAAACAUUGUAUGGAACAAAAAAUUCUGGACAAGAAAAGUCUGCGUUACCUCGACCACCUAAGCCAGAUCAUUGUGACCCCAACUUGUCAUUUGAUGCUGUAACAGUUUUAGGAAAUGAACUGUUAUUCUUUAAAGACAGGUCAUUUUGGAGAAGACAGGCUCAACUUGUCAGUACAAGACCAAACCCUAUUGCAAGCUCCUUCCCACAGCUCAUGUCUAAUGUGGAUGCUGCUUACGAGGUGGCAGAAAGAGGAACUGCAUAUUUUUUUAAAGGUCCCCAUUACUGGACAACAAGAGGUCUCCAGAUGCUAGGACCUCCCCGGUUUAUCUAUGACUUUGGAUUUCCCAGUAAUGUGCAGAAAAUAGAUGCUGCUGUCCACCUCAAGAACAGCAAUAAAACCCUUUUCUUUGUUGGGGAAGAUCUCUACAGCUAUGAUGAAGCAAACCAGGUCAUGGAUAAAGAUUACCCGAAAAGCAUUGAUGAUGAGUUUUCUGGGGUAGAGGGAAAUGUGGACGCAGCAGUUGAAGUAAAUGGAUACAUUUACUUCUUCUCAGGCCCAAAAGCAUACAAGUAUGACAUUGAGAAAGAAGAUGUGGUCAAUGUUGUGAAAUCCAGCUCCUGGAUUGGAUGUUGAGCCAGAGCCAAAAGAGUUAUUACGAAAAGUUUUUUGUGAGAACAUAGGAAAUUGUAUGAAAGAUGUAAAAUUGCAUCAACAUAAACAAACCUGUCAACAAGACCCAAUUGUUUCCAAAUACCUUGCACAGUAGCCUAUGCAAUAUACGGUAUAUAUGGCAGGAAACACAUUGCAGGAUGAAACAAAAAAUAAAUAUGUAAAUUAAA